AUGGGUCGCGUUCGUACUAAGACCGUUAAGAAGUCCGCCAAGGUCAUUAUUGAGCGAUACUAUCCAAAGUUGACCCUUGACUUCGAGACCAACAAGAGAAUCUGCGAUGAGAUUGCUAUUAUUGCCUCCAAGCGUCUCCGCAACAAGAUUGCUGGUUACACUACCCAUCUCAUGAAGAGAAUUCAACGUGGUCCAGUCCGUGGUAUCUCCUUCAAGCUCCAAGAAGAAGAGAGAGAGCGAAAGGAUCAGUACGUUCCAGAAGUCUCAGCCCUCGACGUCUCCCAGAGCGAAUCAGGACAGCUCGAAGUCGACAGCGAGACCAAGGAUCUCCUCAAGAGCCUCGGAUUCGAUUCCAUCCCAGUCAACGUCGUUGCAGUCAGCCAACAGCAAACUCUCGAGCGCGGACCACGCAGAUUCAACGACCGUCCUCAGCGUUAA